AUGAUGAAUAUCGCAACAUUGGCUCCCCAAGGAACUGAGCAAAAGAACAUUUCACUUCACUGGUUGCCGAAGAACGUCAACAAUUCUUACAAUGUGUCCUCAAUGCAGUGCAAACACAUCAAUAUUCCAGAAGAAGUCUUCUUAACACUUGGGAUUCUGAGUUUUGUGGAAAAUAUUCUGGUUAUCAUAGCAAUUAUUAAAAACCAGAAUUUGCAUUCUCCUAUGUAUUAUUUCAUUUGCUGUCUGGCUGUGGCAGAUACGUUGGUCAGUAUGAGCAAUACUAUAGAAACAAUUGUUCUUAUUCUAAUGGAGAAAGAAGUUUUGAUUGUACAGAACCAUGUCCUUAAGCAAAUAGACAAUAUAAUAGAUCUAAUGAUCUGUACCUCAGUGGUAUCAUCUCUGUCUUUCUUGGUUGCCAUUGCAGCUGAUAGGUACAUCACCAUAUUUUAUGCCUUACGAUAUCACAUCAUCAUGACAACUCGGAAGGCUGUGAUCAUUAUUGUUGGAAUCUGGAUAGUCAGCAGUACUUCAAGCAUCAUGUUCAUUGUCUAUUCGGAGAGUAGUGCCGUUAUUAUCUGUCUCAUUUCCUUCUUCUUUAUGAUGCUGGUGAUCAUGGGUGGCCUGUACUUCCACAUGUUUAUGCUUGCUCAAAUGCAUACCAAGAAGAUUAUGGCCCAACGUAAGAGGAGACCAAUUCACCAGGCUGCCAACAUGAAAGCAGCCGUUACUCUGACAAUUUUGCUGGGGCUCUUUCUUAUUUGCUGGAGUCCCUUCUUUCUCCAUCUUCUGCUCAUUAUCAGCUGUCCUAAUAAUCCCUAUUGUCUGUGCUUCAAUUCUCACUUCAACAUGUUUCUGAUUCUCAUAAUUUGCAAUUCGGUCUUUGACCCUGUUAUAUAUGCAUUCAGAAGCCAGGAGCUACGCAAAACCUUAAAGGAAUUUAUACCCUGUUCCUGGUAG